GGCCCUGUCUCAAAAGAAAGGAAAAAUGUCUUCAAUCCGUCUCACCGUCCUUUAUCCUUCUGCCCCCAACCUAGUUCUCUCCAGGGUACCAGAACAGCUUUCUGUCUCCCCAGCUGCAGUUGUGCUGGCCUCUCUUUUUGCUCUGUAGCCAGAGGAGGUCAUUUAAAAAUGCAAAUCUAUCAGUCCUCAACAUAUAACAGUUUUAAGCCUGCCUUGCCACAAAGUCCUUAUUCUGUUUUGUAAUGUGGAAACUAUUUCUCAGCACUCCUUCCUGUGUACCCACAAGGCCUCUCUGCUCCUGCCAUAUCCUGCCAGCCUUUCUGUUCCCUGCCUGCCCUGACCCCAGGUUAGGCCUGUGCUGCUGCUUCUGCUUGGCCCGUGGGAAGAUUAGAAGGGCAGGGUUUGUCCAGAACGUGGUCCUGUGUUAUGUGGACUAGGAGACCUGGGGCGGGUUCCUUCAGCUCUCCGUGCUUGUGUUUCCUCUCUGAAAAGUGAGGAUGAUAUGAGGAUUGUUGGGGGAUGUCAGAUGCUUCAGAUGGUGGUGGGGACUCAUUGUAAGUGCUGCCUUUUUAGUCCUUGAGUGACAGUGGGGAUAGCUGUACCUGUUACAACCAGAUGAGUCCUAUGUUCAGCAAGUGACAGGUGGUAGACACACCGUACAGCUUCCUCUGCGCACCCCCAAACCUCGGUCCUCUUUCCGUGAGCUGCAUUUCUCCCACAGCCCUUCUACCUGCAUUUUAGAUUUUUGUUCCCUUUCUUUUGAAGGAUAUUUCUUUUCAUCUUUGAAUGCAGUUCAAGUAGAAUGAGGGUAGAAUGAGGGUUCAGUAGAAUGUGGGUAACGUAGCUGAAGAUGCCUGCUGAGAGAUAACAGCGGAGGUUGCAGGCUGGGUGGGGACAAGCCAAGAGGCUUAAUCUUGGUGAAAAGGUGGAGGAGAACUUCAGAAGAGCUGCGGUACGCUCGUGUCUGGGGUUUGGCGUGGAGUCUGAAAUAAUGCUCAUGGCACAAGUCUAAAUUAUUCAUUAAUAUCAGAAGACAAUGAUAUGCAGUAAAACCUUGAUUAACAAGAACCCAACUAACCAAAAACUGAAAACAUCUUUUACUUUAUUUUUAACAUUCAAAUUGGAAAAAGAGGCAAAUGGCAAUAAAACAAGCUGACAAUUUCUUUUUUAUUAAAAAGUAAAGCUGUGAGGAGGGUAUCCUGGAAGGAGUUUGGAUUCAUCUGAAUUCCUUCCUCCUUGUAAUCAGCAUCAUUACUGUGUAAGAACUGACUCAGAAUCAGAAUUAUGGGGAAUUUCAUUCGCGACAUGCAGAUUCUUACGUGGAGUCACAGCUUUGAUUUAGAAAACUAGAGGAGGAGGGAGAAACGGACCUCUGUGGCACUUCACAUGCAUUAUCCUUUCAGGAGCGUUUGCCAAGCUGCGGUUGGAUUUCUGGCCAUGUCCAGUGUCAUCACCAUGUCUGCCCCUUUCUUCUUGGGGAAGAUCAUUGAUGUCAUCUAUACCAACCCCACUGUGGACUACAGCAGCGACCUGACCCGCCUCUGCCUUGGGCUCAGCGGCGUGUUUCUGUGUGGUGCUGCUGCCAACGCCGUCCGCGUCUACCUCAUGCAAACUUCAGGUCAGCGCAUCGUGAAUAGGUUGAGAAUGUCGUUAUUCUCCUCCAUUCUGAGGCAGGAGGUUGCUUUCUUUGACAAGACCCGCACAGGAGAAUUGAUUAACCGCCUCUCCGCAGACACGGCACUUCUGGGGCGCUCGGUGACCGAGAACCUCUCAGAUGGGCUCAGGGCUGGGGCCCAGGCUUCCGUGGGGAUCAGUAUGAUGUUUUUUGUCUCACCUAGUCUGGCCACCUUUGUUUUGAGUGUGGUGCCUCCAGUGUCCAUCAUUGCUGUGAUUUAUGGACGCUAUCUACGGAAACUGACCAAAGUCACGCAGGAUUCCCUGGCUCAAGCCACUCAGCUAGCUGAGGAACGCAUUGGAAACAUGAGAACUGUUCGAGCUUUUGGGAAAGAAAUGACUGAAAUAGAGAAAUAUGCCAGCAAAGUGGACUACGUGAUGCAAUUAGCAAGGAAAGAGGCGUUUGCUCGGGCUGGCUUCUUUGGAGCAACCGGGCUCUCUGGAAACCUGAUUGUGCUUUCUGUCCUGUACAAAGGAGGGCUGCUGAUGGGCAGUGCCCACAUGACAGUGGGUGAACUCUCCUCCUUCCUCAUGUAUGCUUUCUGGGUUGGAGUAAGCAUUGGAGGUCUGAGCUCUUUCUACUCGGAGCUGAUGAAAGGACUGGGUGCAGGGGGACGCCUUUGGGAGCUCCUGGAGAGAGAGCCCGAGAUGCCUUUUAACGAGGGGGCCACCUUAAAUGAGAAGAGCUUCCAGGGAGCUUUGGAGUUUAAGAAUGUGCAUUUUGCCUACCCAGCUCGCCCAGGGGUGCCCGUGUUUCAGGAUUUCAGCCUUUCUAUCCCAUCAGGCUCUGUCACGGCGCUGGUGGGCCCAAGUGGUUCUGGCAAAUCAACAGUGAUUUCCCUCCUUCUGCGGUUGUAUGACCCCGGUUCUGGAACUAUCAGUCUUGAUGGCCAUGACAUCCGUCAGCUAAAUCCAGUCUGGCUGAGAUCCAAGAUUGGGACAGUGAGUCAGGAACCCAUUUUAUUUUCUUGCUCUAUCGCUGAGAACAUCGCUUAUGGUGCCGACGACCCUUCCUCGGUGACCGCCGAGCAGGUGGGGAGAGUGGCUGAGGUGGCCAACGCGGAUGCUUUCAUUCGGAACUUCCCACAAGGGUUCAACACUGUGGUCGGAGAAAAGGGUGUUCUCCUCUCAGGUGGGCAGAAACAGCGGAUUGCAAUUGCCCGUGCUCUGCUUAAGAAUCCCAAAAUUCUUCUCCUAGAUGAAGCAACCAGUGCGCUGGAUGCCGAAAACGAGUACCUUGUCCAGGAAGCUCUGGACCGGCUGAUGGAAGGAAGAACAGUGUUAAUUAUCGCCCAUCGGCUGUCCACCAUUAAGAAUGCUAACAUGGUUGCUGUUCUUGACCAGGGAAAAAUUACCGAGUACGGGAAACACGAAGACCUGCUUUCAAAACCAGAUGGGAUGUACAGAAAACUAAUGAACAAACAAAGUUUUAUUUCAGCAUAAAGAAGCAAUUACUGGUAAAUUGAAUAUGAGAGACUUUAAAGCAAAACAGUGCUUUUGCGGAAGAGAAAACUUAAGAGACUGUAUAAAAUCUAUAAAUCAUACAUCAAGUUAUUCGAAAUAUGCCUAUUUUUCCAAAGCGUGUAAAAUAUUGUUUUGAAAUGUACCUGUUCACAAGAACUUUUUAUUCAGAGUUUUAAUAAUUGUAACUUUCUAAAUGUCUGUAGCACCGAAGUUAUUUUCAGGUUUUGUACUUUUUCCUUGGAAUAUUUGAAUUAAUAUAGCACGGCACCUCAUUUCCUUUUGCCUGCUGUUAAAGACUGAAGCUUUUGUCAAAUGACGACUUUUAAAAGGGAAUUAUAAAUAAAAAGCCUAAUUAUUUUAGGCCAGUUUACCAAUCACUGUGUAAUUCUUUGGUAGUAGUCCACCUACUUUGAGUCUAAUUUUACCCAGUAGAGUAAUAGAAAAUGAAAAUCUAGCCCCUUUGUUUUAUCCCGAUCAUCUCAUGAAGUGACUCUGACUAAUACACAGACAGAAGCAGUUAAUGUCACACGGAGAGAAGGGACCAUUAUUUCUUGCUUGUCUCCUGUGUCUUCAAAGGCGUGAAAGUUUAGGAAUAUGUGUCCCUGUGGGAUGUGACUGUGUUUAAAUGUGUGCAGAUUUCAAAGCCUGGUGAGUUUUAAAAAGGGAAGAAGCCCCAGACUUUGAAUAGAAAAACUUCUCUUUUCUUUAUUCACAUAUUUGUAUGAGUACUUUUGGGAAGGAAGCCAUGAACUGCCAGUUACUAUCAAGAGUGAUAAAUAAAAAUGAAUUCUACAUGUAAGUUGGCUGAAUGCAUGUAUUUUGAAAUAUAUGUUAAAAAUGUAUAAUUCUCAGACAUACUGACUUUUACAGUCUUUUAUAAUACUUCUGGAAUUUCAUAAGUAAGGCUAAAAUCUGAAGAAUGUAACUGAUUUUCAGUCUUGGACAUUUGAAGAAAGUUUAGAAGUCCUUGCUAUUCUAUCAAAUAACAAGAAACCUUAAAAAUGUGUUACUCUCUUGAAAAGAAGACAUUAAUAAGCUUUUUUCUUUGAUGAAUAUUUAUGGUUAUAGCUUGAUUCACCUAAAUAUUUCAAAAUUCCUAAAGCGAUGGAUGCUGACAACUACUGGAUUUGCCAUAUUUCCUAUCAGUGCUGUUAAUUUGAUGUUGCCUCAAGAAAAGGUGCUUUUUGUACAUUGAUGUUGCCAGAACCUAAGAAGUAAUUAUGUUGAUAUGAAUGAAAUGGAAGUUUUCUCAUGCACUAAGUGUUUAAUGGUUCCCUGGUUAUACUGGAAGAAGAAACCACUAUUUCAUGAGAGGCAUAGAGUAUUAUAUUUCCUUCUACAUAAAGGAAUUUAUUAAUGAAUAAAAUGGAUCGCAUGAAUGAAUUUAGUGUUCUAUGAAUUUAGUGUUCUUUGAAACAGUCUAUCUGUGACAAUCAUUUGAAUAAACUUUACUUGUGUUCUUUAUACAGUUUGCUAUUAUAGUUUGGUUUAACAGAAAGCAAACAAAACAUAAUUACAAGGUUGGAUCUGAGGGAAAUCUCCUUGUGCCAUAGAAAUAUUUACAAAAUUUAAUUUGAUUGUUAUAUUUUAUUUUCUGAUACAAGAUGUUCAAUUGUGUCUUUGGGUAACAUUUUAUAUCAUAGAUUAAAAUUUAUAGUAAACUUUA